AUGAUUCUCGGGCUAUCUGAAGCUCUUCCGAGCAUCACGAAGCGCAAGUUUGAGGCUGCAAAGGCAUCGUCGGAUCUGCUGUUCUCGCCUACGGAGCUAGCCAUCAUCCGCUCAUCUGCAGGCAUUCCCUUCCAAUUACGAUACUGCCCGUCGCUCGCCAAGAAACCCAUUCCGAAGCUCCAGAAUGCGACGCCCAAACAGAAGAUCGACCCGUUCGAGAACCCCCCACCUGCCCUCCACCUGGCCGACAUACCAGCCGCCAACCCAACCCACUUCCUCGUCCUCAACAAGUACCCCAUAAUAUCCGAGCACUUCAUCCUGGCGACAAAACCCAACAAGAAGCAAACACACGUGCUCGAACAGGACGAUCUGGAGGCGACCUACGCCGUCUUGAAGGCAUGGCAGGCAGACUCGGGCGGCGACGAGAAGCGUCUCCUCGCCUUCUUCAACUCCGGCGACCACAGCGGCGCCUCUCAGCCCCACCGACACUUGCAGUUCCUACCUGUAGAAGGAAUGCGCGAUAGCAACAAUGCUAGCGACUGGGGCCUGCUCAUAGAUCUGAUCUUGACGAGCCCGGCAGCCAAGGCAACUGAACAACAUCCCGCAUUUCUGCAACACCCUUCUCUGCCGUUUACGCACUUUGCCUACCCAUUCGACUCUGAGCCAUCAGGUACUCAGUUACUCGAUAUCUACAAUCGUCUGUACGACGCCGCGAAAGCCGCAGUCGACGCCUUCAUUUCCGCAAAUCCGAACGACUUCGCUCUGCACCCCACCGACGACGGCGAUCUACCCAUGAGCUAUAACCUUGCCAUGACGACUGCAGGCAUGGUCAUUCUGCCUAGACGCGCCGAGGGCACGAUGCUUCACCGCGAUGACGGCAGUGAGAUCGGCUUCGUCGCUCUGAACGGUACAACGUUAGGAGGCACGAUGAUGGUCAAGCAUCAAGACGAGUGGAACAUGCUACGCCACGAGCCAGGACUGCUGGACCGCAUCCUGGGUGCGAUUGGCAUUCCGAAGCCUCCUUCAUUCAAACCUAGCAUCAUGAAAGAAGAAGCAGAAAAAGCCGUAGAGACAGCCACAGGGUUACUCCAAGACUUUGUAGUCGUGGUUUCCCUCGUGCGGACCUUGACGGAAUCUUUCGGUUCUGCCAGUGAUCUAUACCGCAAGCUCAAGCGUAGAUCUGGUAAGAAAGACAGCGACGACGAGGAAGAUGAGUAUCAUAUUCAGGGGCCAUGGCAUAGGCGUCGUCGCGACUCCAUGUUUGGCUCAGAGAAGAGGAAAGGCGACUAUAGUGACAGCGAAGAAGAGCUCAUAUGCACCUCUUCUUCCCAGAUCCGAGCCGAGUACGAACGUGGGUAUCGGAAGUUAGGCGAGCCGUUUGCGCGUGGCGACGUUACAACGCAUACCCAGCUGCAGUCUCAGAUCAUAAAGCUUCAGCAGACGGUCAUCAACAUCCAACAGGAUCUGCUGCUAAGCACAUACAUGGCGCCAUCGUCUUCGCACUCGCACCUUAUACGUCUGAUUCAGACGGCUCGUGCAGCGCGUGCAGCUUCCAUCGCUUCGUUGAACAUGCAGUACGAACGCAUGCUGCCACCACUCCCCUCACCGCUAUUACCUCGACAACCCGACGCACCUUUAAGAGUCCCUGGCGCAUUCCCACUACCCGACCAUCCGCGACCACCAUCAAGACCACUGCGGCACAAGAAGCGCAUGGACAGCAGCUCCAGCUCCUCAUGCGAGUCAAAAGAGGUCUUGAUCAAACCGAUACCAAUCGUGAAGCCCAAACCAAAGCCCACACCUAUACCUCCACCCCCUCCCCCACCUCAGCCUCAGCCUCAGCCUCAGCCUCAGCCCCCAUCUUCACGAUACAGCACUCGGCUCUUCUGCAUCUACGCCAAAGACCUCCAACACAACCCCCGUCUCCACCUCGCCGACGCCUACCGACCCACCGGCGACCACAAGUGUCCUUUCUGCCGCACACAUGUCCCCAUCCAACCCGGAAAAGCCUGGGAGCUCGUCGUCGAUGGCUACAAGAAGAAAGACGAAUACGGGUACUGUAAGACGGUACCGCGAACGUUUCGCAUCAAGAACCGCUUUAUUGUCAAGAGCCAUAGAGAAGGUGGGGGCUUUGCAUGUGUGCUUUGCGCGAGGUUCAGGAAGUCGGAUACUGUGUGUAGGGGUAUCGAGGCGUUGAUGGAUCAUCUUUGGAGGGAGCAUGCGAGUGAGGAGUUGGAGAGGGAUGCGGAUAUCGUGGAGGUGUAG